AUGCUUGUCGUUGCUAUCGCUGCCCUUGCCACUCUUUUCUUGCCAUGGCCAAGUGUUCUGGCAGCGCAAAUCCCCGUUAUCGAUGGCGUCGUGGGCGGUGUACCUAAGGCCGACACAGCACCCGUCAGACCGAAAGUUCUUACAACAUCAGCCACGACACCAGGGAAGCUGCGCGUAGUCGAAAAUUCUGGGGUAUGUGAAGCGACCCCUGGAGUGCAUCAAGCAUCGGGUUAUGGCGACCUCACAGCGACGGAGAGCAUCUGGUUCUGGUUUUUUGCUGCCCGGUCAAACCCAAGUACGGCCCCUCUGGCAUUAUGGUUCAACGGUGGUCCUGGCAGCUCCAGUAUGAUUGGGCUUUUCCAAGAGCACGGCCCAUGUCGUAUCACGAACGAUAGUGCUUCCGUUACCUUGAACCCCUACUCAUGGAACAACAACGCCAACGUCCUCUAUAUCGACCAACCCGUCGGUGCGGGUUUCUCGCAUGGAACCCUCGACGUCGGGACAUCGCAAGAGGCUGCAUCGGACGUUUGGAACUUCAUGCAGAUAUUCUUUUCCGACUCGAGGUUCGCGAAAUAUGCGACGAAUGAUCUCGCGAUCUGGACCGAGUCCUACGGAGGUCAUUAUGGGCCUACGUUCGCUGCUCACUUCCUCUCGCAAAAUGCAGCCAUUGCAGCUGGUGCUAUUUCUGGUAUCAGAUUGAACUUGAAAGUCCUCGGCGUAGGAGAUGGUUUGACGGACCCUCUCGUUCAAUACCCGGGAUAUAUUUCAUACGCGGCUAACAACCCGUACCACCCCUUGGUCUCUUCAUCAGUGAUCAGUCGCGCCAAUACGUCCUGGACUAGGACCUCUGCGACCGGUAGUGCCGGCUGCAAGGAGCAGAUAACAAAUUGUUAUGACGGCGGCACCGAUUUUGUGUGCUCUGAAGCUCAGAGCUUCUGCAACAACAACAUCCUCUCACCUUUGGCCGGAAAUUACGACGUCUACUAUGUCCCGGCUAUGAACCCAGACCCCUACCCUCCGGAUCUGACGACCUAUCUCAACAGGAUCGACGAGAGCGUCUACUCGAACUUCGCAAACACAGGCGACUGGAUGAGGAACUCGCGUCCCGAUCUCGAGACCGUCAUCAACGCUGGGGUCCGCACAAUCGUUUUCGAUGGCGAUGCUGACUACAUACUCAACUACAUUGGUGUCGAAACCAUGGCUGACGCUCUGAACACCCAGUUCACGUCUCUCUAUAAGCAACAAACCUUUAAGACAUACACAGUUGCUGGGCAAGCUACUGGGCAAUAUAAAAAUGCCGGCAAUUUCUCCUACGUCAGGAUUUACAGAGCGGGACACGAAGUUCCUGCCUACAAGUUCGGAAACCUGGCGUAUGAGCAGGCCGCGGCGCAGAUGUUUACACAAAUCAUGUCCAACCAAUCGCUCACGCCUACGUGA